UCGCGAUUCUGGAGGCAUUUCCAGAUGGCAGGAUUGAGGUUGCAGAGCAAUUUCGCAAUGACGACGAUCGUGUGCAAACGAUUGGUGCAGCAGCGGGUUGCCCGCGCAAAUUGGAUGGUGACCGAUGGCUGCCGUAGCUUUACCACCAGCGCCCCGUGGCUUGCAGGACACAAUCGGUGGUCUCAGAUUAAGCAUGACAAGGCUAAGAAUGACAAGGCCAAAAGCAAGGAGCGACAGCUUAUCGGCAAAGAAAUCAGCAGUGCGACUCAAAUGUGGGGUCCCGAUCCUAAAUUCAACGCGCGCCUUACCCUCGCCCUUUCGAACGCAAAGCGAGCAGGAAUUCCGAAGAUCGUGAUCGAGGCGGCAAUUGCUCGGGGACAGGGAAUAAGUGUCACUGGCGAAGCUCUGGAGCAGGUUACCGUCGAAGCCAUUCUCCCCCAUUCGGUUGCGGCCGUUAUCGAAUGCCUGACCGAUCAAAAAGCCCGCGUACUGCAAGAUGUCCGACAUGCGAUCAAAGAUGCCGGCGGUACGGUCACCCCUACUACAUAUCUCUUUGAGAAGAAGGGCAGGAUCAUCUUCGAGAAGAAGGAUGGGGUGGAUCCGGAUGACUACAUGGACCAGGCCAUCGAGGCAGGUGCCACAGACAUCAUGGCAGACGAGCAAGGCCGCCUCCUUGUUUAUACGGAACCCGCAGAAACAAAGAGUGUAGGUGAGGCUCUUGGAAAGAUGAUCGGCCUUGCAGUUGAAGAGUUGGACAUUAUCUGGGAUCCAAACCAAGACACGUUGGUGGAUCUCAAGGACGAGGAGCAGGUCAGUGAGAUUGAGGACAUCCUCAGUACACUUCGAGAAGAGUCGAGUCUCCGCGACAUCUACUUGAACACAGCACAGCGCUUUUAACAACAUGGCGUUUGUUGGAACCUUCUUGCUUACGUUCACGAUCAUAGCCUGGGGCACCUUACCCUUGCAACUUACACUGUACUAUAGACUCGGAGCAUCCUAGAUCGGCCCGGAGGCUCAAGAAGCUUCCUUUGUAUUAUAAUAUAGAUCAUCAAAAUUGCAGGAUCCGUAGAAGUAAGGCAGCCUAUAUCCAAAAGAUAUUCGUGAAUGGAGG